CAAAGAUCAAACCCUCUUCAAUGGCCGCCACUCUCUGCAACAACAACAACAAUUCAUGACCUCUCUCAUCGCCCGAAAUGGUAAAUACUCUCAAAAUCCACUCUCUUAUUCUCCUCCCUAGGCACUACCCUCUAUUGGGUUCUCACAAAUUUUUCAAUUUUUCAUCCAAACCCAACAUUUCUUCGCAAUUUGAAGGCUUCUCAAACUUGGUCUCUAAGGUGUGUGAUAUUCUUUGUGAGCUUCAAUGGUAUAGAAGCUCCGAACUCCAGCGUUUGAGUCCCAAACUCAAACCUCACCACGUUGCGGAGAUUAUUGAUUCCCACAAGAGCACUGAAUCGGCUCUGCAGUUCUUUUACUGGGUCUCUAAGAGACCUUUCUACAAACACAAUUUGAACUGUUUCAAGUCGAUGUUAAAUAGGCUCGUCCGCGAUCGGAACUUUGCGCCCGCUGAUCAUGUUAGGAUUUUGAUGAUCAAAGCUUGUAGAAAUGGGGAGGAGAUUACCCGGGUUAUUGAUUAUCUCAAUGAAAUCGGUACGAAAGGUUUGGGGUCUAGUUUAUAUAGUUUUAAUACUCUUUUGAUUCAAUUAGGCAAGUUUGAGAUGGUUGGUGCUGCUCAAAAUGUGUAUAAGCAAAUGUUGAAUAACGGGAUUAAACCCACUUUAUUGACUUUCAAUACGAUGAUUAAUAUACUUUGCAAAAAGGGGAAGGUUCAAGAGGCGGGGUUCAUUCUGAGUAAGAUUUUUCAGUAUGAUUUGAACCCCGAUGUGUUUACCUAUACGUCUUUGAUUCUUGGGCAUUGUAGAAACCGUAACUUAGAUGCAGCAUUUGCGGUUUUUGAUAGGAUGGUAAAGGAAGGUUGUGAUCCAAAUUCUGUGACUUAUACGACACUGAUAAAUGGACUUUGUAAUGAGGGGAGGUUAGAUGAGGCACUGGACAUGCUCGAGGAAAUGAUUGAGAAAUGCAUUGAACCUACUGUGUAUACAUACACUGUCCCAAUUUCUUCGUUAUGUACAGCUGGGCGUGUGAAGGAGGCUAUUGAUCUUGUGGCCAGCAUGAGGAAAAGGGGUUGUCACCCAAAUGUGCAGACAUACACAGCUCUGAUUAGUGGGUUGUCUCGAUUGGGUAAACUGGAGGUGGCAAUUGGGUUGUACCACAAGAUGUUGAAGGAUGGUUUGGUUCCAAACACGGUCACAUACAAUGCAAUGAUAAAUGAAUUGUGUGCUGGAGGAAGAUUCAAUGAUGCUUUCAAGAUUUUCUAUUGGAUGGAAAGACAUGGUAGCUUGCCAAACAUUGAAACCUACAACGAAAUCAUAAACGGAUUUUGCAUGGUUGGAAAUAUUGAGAAGGCAAUGGUUCUUUUCAAUAAAAUGCUGAAGGUAGGUCCCCCUCCAACAAUAAUAACAUACAAUACACUCAUUAAUGGAUACCUUAAACAUGGGAAUCUGAACAAUGCUUUGAGACUAUUGGGUUUGAUGAAGGAGAAUGGUUGUGAACCUGAUGAAUGGACUUACACAGAACUUGUUUCAGGGUUUUGCAAAAGAGGCAAGUUUGAUUUGGCUACAACUCUUUUUAACGAAAUGGUGGAGCGCGGCUUGAGUCCAAAUGAGUUUAAUUACACAGCAUUGAUUGAUGGUCACUGUAAAGAAGGGAAAGUAGAUGUUGCCUUGUCAUUACUUGAGAGGAUGGAGGAAAAUGGCUGCAAUGCAAAGAUUGAAACUUACAAUUCUGUGAUAAAUGGUUUGGCCAAAGAGAAUAGAUUUUCGGAAGCAGAGAAACUAUGUAAUGAGAUGGCAGAAAAAGAGUUGCUCCCAAAUGUCAUCACCUAUACCACUUUGAUUGAUGGGCUUUGUAGGAACGGUGGGACACAUCUUGCAUUCAGGAUUUUCCAUGAAAUGGAAAAAAGUAACUGUUUUCCAAAUUUAUACACCUACAGUUCACUCAUUUACGGGUUGUGUCUAGAAGGCAAGGCUGAUGAUGCGGAGAUGUUACUUGAAGAGAUGGAGAGGAAAGGAUUGGUUCCUGAUCUUGUUACAUUUACCUCACUAAUUGAUGGGUUUGUAAUGCUUGGUAGGCUAGAUCAUGCAUUUUCACUUCUACGACGUAUGAGUGAUGUGGGCUGUAAACCUAGCUACCGAACUUACACUGUAUUGGUGAAGGGCUUGCAAAAAGAAUUCCAUUUGCUUGCAGAAAAGGUUGCAGUCCAACAUGAAGCAGCAUAUAGUUGCAGUUCGGAUGACAAGGAUGUCAGUUUUGAAAUGGUAUGCGAUCUCUUGACUAGAAUGUCAGAGUAUGGCUGUGAACCUACUAUUGAUACGUACAGUACCUUAGUCACUGGCUUGUGUAGAGAAGGCAGAACUUAUGAAGCAAGACAAUUGGUUAAAAAUAUGGAAGAGAAACGGAUGUGUCCUAAUAAAGAGAUUUGUGUAUCUCUCCUGGGUGCUUAUUGCAAGGGUUCGAAAGUGGACCAUGCUCUUGAAAUUUUUAAAUUGAUGAUUGUUGAAGGCUUUGAGCCUCGUUUAUCAAUUUAUAGAACUCUCGUUUGUGCUCUCUGCAAAGCAUGCAGGAUGGAAGAAGCUCAAGCUUUGUUCGAAAACAUGCUUGAGAAACAAUGGAAUUCCGAUGAGAUUGUUUGGACUAUCUUGGUCGAUGGGUUGCUCAAGGAGGGAGAAUCCAAUAUGUGCAUGAAGUUUCUUAACAUUAUGGAAUCUAAGAAUUGCACUCUUAAUCUCCAAACAUAUGUAAUCUUGGCCAGAGAAUUGUCAAAAGUAGACAAAGUUGUCAACACAGAUCAAGUUGCGGACAAAUUGAGAACCAUGACAGUAUUUUCAUCAAGUUGACAUUUCCCUUACCAAAUCAACGAACACAAAACGAGGCUGUCUCUCGGGGAAGACAAAUGGGUAGCUGUUUAUUUGGGCCUCAGUAAUCCCAUGACUGAGAUGCAAUUUUUUAGAACCUGUAAAUAAAUAGCUGAGCUGUAAUUACUUCGAAGCUCUAUCAUCCAAUGAAUGAAUUCCACCCAAAAGGUCAAGCCAAAUUGUUGAAGUCUAAUCUGGAAUUAUACCAUGAUGACAGGUCAAGCAAACUUUCAGCCCAGUGAACAAGUUGAUCAUUUUCAGGAUGAAAACCGGGCAGCUUGGAUUUAGCCCACAUACAUAGCGUUCGUUUUCUAGGAACCUAAGAAGAAGAUUUAAGUACACAUUGGCUAAAGACUCAUGUUGAGACAAUCCAUCCAUAUUUGGCCAAUUGAUCGGUGUGCAGAUGCUGCAAGUCCUGUGGAGGAGAAGAAGAAGGCAAUUGUGAAGAGUUAGCACCGGUAUUGAGACUAAUGCCUAGUUGGAUAGAGCAUGGACAGCCCAAUUUCAGGCUGAAAGUUUAGUUUACUGCAAAUCGUAUGAUGGUAAUGACAGAAUCUAUAAAAAUUAUUCAACAAGUUCUGAAAGAUAUUCCACGAGGACCCAAUGAGAAUUUAGAAAUUUGCCACUUUGAUAGAGUAAGGAAUCCCAAAUGGAAUGAUUUUUAAUUCUGAUUCGUUAGUAAGAAUACCCUUCUCCAACUUUGAAUUGCCAAAGUUAGAAAAUUAUCUAAAGUGCCGGAUUCCCAUCAAACCCCUAAUAUUGUGGUUUGUAGUCACCUGCUCUAAUCCUAUGAGCCAGUGACCUCAACCCGUCUCCAUUGGAAACUUUGCUCACCCCAAUCAUUUCACACGAAGAGGGUGUGAAAGCACGUUUAUCUCUAGCAAGCUACCAACAAAGCAAAGAAAGAUGCUUGAAAGCAGAAGUGAUCAAGCCCUUUGUGGUGAUAGAGCCAAUACCAAGACCUUGGAUUUAAGUAUUGACUUGGUGCACAUUAAUUAGAUAUAAUGACAAUGUAAUUUCCAUUACGUUGUUGUGUUACAAUGGAAAUCAUUUCCAAUAAUUUACGUUUUCAGAACCUUUACUCGAGCAAAUCUAAUGCUAAUUUGUUCCGAUUAUGAGCUC